UUUUUCGAAUCAAGUCUUGUUGGGAUUAUAUUCUUCUCUGCUGCGUGUUUUGAGUCGCGAGUAGUGUAGUGUUUGAGAGGAAAAGGGAGGCAGAAGUGCAGCUCUUCUUUUUUGCGUAUCACUGUGUAUAUCUUCUUUCUUUAUUGCUCUUGUGUAUCGAAGUUGGUUACUUGGUGAGCGGGGAGUGUUUUGUUGCUUUUUUUUCGGUGAUUGCUCGCACCAGGCAGCAGUGAAGGCGUGAAAGGAAGGGAACGAAGAAACGUGUGUGGUGGUAUUACGCAGUAUUUUUCCCUUGAUCGGAUUUCGAGAAUCAGACGGUGGAACUUCUUUUUUUUUCGGUCAAUUACUAGUUAACCGGUGGUCAGCGUGAAGUGGAAUAUUGAAUUUUAAUUAAAGACUAGCAAAGAUAAGGAAAGUUUUCUGGAAAGACUACCGAGGGAGGAUCAGCUGAGGAGUAGCGAAGCGUUUAGUGUUGCAGGAAAAGCUGUUCGGAACAAUCGGCAGCCGGCCUUUGCUCUUCAAGGCCGGAGGACAUUUUGUUUUUUCACCGGUGAAUAGCUGAGGAAUUUUCCGUUUUCGAUAGCAAAUGCGUGUAGUUUGAUACGGCGUGAGGAAAACGGUGGAUUAUUCAACCGACCAGCCGUGCGCGACUCGGGGCCAGUAUCCGAAAAUAGAUCAAGACUGUUGACGGUGAGAGAGCGAAAGUAGGAAUCAUCCGAAGUGUGUGCGUGAGACUUACGUGCCCAGCAAACGGACGAAUCGAGGCGAGAUGGAAAUCGAAAAGCCACUGAACGGAGACCACUCGGUUCUGAAUGGUAUCCCGGAGAAGAUCAAUGGACACCAUCAUGAGGACUCGUUGAGUCCGGUCGGAAGUCCGCAGACCGUCCCUGUCGGAUCGCCUGGCAGUGAUGGCCUGAUGAAGAAGCCGCUUCCCAUACUGGACGAGCGGCUGAAGAAACGGGUCCGCAAGUUGUCCCGAUCGAAUAGUAAGGACGGUGUGCUGGGAGUCGCCGGAACUCCCAACUUUGUUGCCCCACACAGAAAAUGGAAGAACAGUCGACGAUCGCACAACGGCUAUGGUCGUGGACUUCCAAAGAAGGGCGGAGCCGGUGGUAAGGGCGUCUGGGGCAAGCCUGGAUCGGAAAUUUAUCAGGAAGCCGACGAGGAGGAUCAGAACGAUCCCAACUUCGAUCUGGACGCGUACAACUGUCGCCACAAUAUCGAACUGAAGGAAGUCGUCCCGGAGAUGACGGACGAAGAGUUCCAGAAGAAGGUCGAACCCAUCUUCCUGGAGUAUUACGAGCACGGGGACACGCACGAGGUGGCACAAAGUUUGGACGAGUUUAUCACGCCCGAGCGGAGGCCAAUGAUUUCGAAGAUAGCCGUCGAGAUGGCCUUCGAGCACAAGCAGUCCCAGCGGGAGAUGACCUCGGUGCUGCUGUCCGACCUGUACGGUCGCACCGUCACCAACAAGGAUAUUUGCAGCGGUUUCGACGUGCUGCUGUACAACAUGCCGGACCUCAUCCUGGACACGCCGGAGGCCCCGCACAUCCUCGGCAACUUCAUCGCCCGUGCCGUCGCGGACGAUUGUGUCCCACCAAAGUACGCUUACGACAUAGAUCGGGAAGAGUUGUCCCCGCAGGCGCGGGAAGCCCUAAUCCGGGCCUGUUCGCUGCUGUCGCUGCACCAGGGCUGGGGCCAUCUGGACGACGUCUGGGGCGUCGGCGGUGCACUGCGGCCGGUGCAGACCCUCACCCGGCAGAUGGCCAUACUGCUGAAGGAGUAUCUCCUGUCGCGUGAUCUCGAGGAAGCGCAACGCUCGAUCAAGGAACUCGAGGUGGUGCACUUCCACCAUGAGUUGGUUUACGAGGCCAUCGUUAUGACACUCGAAGCGCUCAACGAGCAAACCGAGGAAGCGAUCUGCGCUCUCUUGAAGUCGCUGGACGACACUUGUAUCAUCACUCCGGAGCAGAUGGAGCAGGGCUUCCGCCGGGUGUACGAGGACAUGACCGACAUCGUGUUGGACAUUCCGUUGGCCUACUCCAUACUGGAUAGGUUCGUGCAGCGCUGCCAGCGUGCCGGCUUCCUCAGCGAUGUCGUCAUCAAAGAUUUGCCCUCGAGAGGCCGCAAGCGGUUCGUCUCCGAGGGUGACGGUGGCCGCGUCAAGCCGGUCAACUUGCUUGCCCGUGAUUUCUAAGAGACGAGUUCAGCCGGAGAAGGAGCAGUAAAAGUAACAUCAACAUAAACAACAACGCUGCAUUUGCAUGGAGGUGCGAGCGCGCGUAAAUGGUGAAUGGACAAACGCGCGCCAGCGCGUCCUCUUUUGUUGAAACACAAGGCAGCAAUCUAUUUUGUUUACACGUAUGGAAAAAAAAAGUAUAUUGGAGCCGACACCUCUAAACUACAAAUGAUGAAAAAUGCUAACAUUGCCGCCAAACAGAGAAGAGAAACGAUACACCUAAAACCAUUUUCACAAAGGGCCGUCGUCCGCUCGACGACCGCUAGAAUUGCAAGUUUUCCCAGACGAAAUCAACCUAAAAUCUAAUUAUAGUAAUCUACACACACACACAUGCAUCUUUCUAAGGACUUUCAACCAAGCAUCCUACACACUAUUGUAUUUUGAUCAAGAGACCGAGUGAGAUUUAAACAACUCAAACUAUCUACCUGUCGAGAAGGAGAGGGCGUCCACGUCGAGACCAACUUUGGAAGCUAACGGAAGAUAAGCGGAAAAGUUCUCCGAUGCAGAUGCACUCUUUUUUUUGUUUUUUUUUUUGUCUAGCAGUUAAGGCCACAUCGUCACUUUUUUUCUUUCUUAAAGUCGAGACAACUGACCGAUUUACCGAUCAUAUUUGCUACUAUUGCUACUACCACCAACACGGAAAAGGCAGAAAGAAGAAAGGAAGAAUUAUUCAAGGAACAGGAACAGCCAAAGCAUUUGCAGGAGAAGAAACGAUUGGGAAAAAGUGGAAGCGAGAAUAAGAAGAAGAAAAACGGUAGCAGAUUCUCAAGCAAACACAACAAGGUAAAUUUAUUAGAAAAUUAAGCUUACAUUUACAACAUACAAAACAAACUUAUAAUAUGCAAACACAAAUAUUCAAAAACAUAUAACAAAAGAAAAUUAACCAUUAAAUCGAAGAUGAACUCAAUUCACUCGAUAUUUGUUUUACACCAGCUAAUUUGGAAUAUAAAUGUAAUCACUAAAAAAAAAAGGUGGAAAACUAAAUUUCCCAUCAAAGUAGGCCAUUUAGAUUGAAAGUAGGCUGAAAACCCCCAGUAGGCGGAAUUCACACUUAACACAAUUUUAGGGCAUUUUAGACACCAACAUAUUUGUCUGUUCGCAAUUUUUUUUUUUCUUUUCAUUUCGGUUUUUAUUUUUGCUAGAACGAAAUCAGAUCAAGUGUAAAGUAAUUGUGUUCUUAACAUUCGGUACAUGAACAACUUUUAACCUUUAGAUCGUAAAUACGGAACCAAGUUCCGUCGAGUCCUCUGUUUUUGUAUUUCUGGGUGUUAGAUCAGUAUGUAGACAAAGCAAUCCUGCAAGUUGCAUUUUUCUCACACUGCUUUGAAUAUUGGCGCGCGUGGGUGUUCCAAGUUGAUUUGACACAAGCGGUGGUCCUUCUAGAACGCUGAAUUACACUUUGUUUGGAUAUUUGGAAUCGUAUGGACUGAGAGGUCGUUGAAUUUGAUAAUACAUACAUACA